GCACCGAUCGAUCACUACACCUUCACUUUCUCUUCUCAUCAUCUAUAUCACGAUCGAUCACAAAGAGGUUAACAGUAACACAUGGGGUUCGGCUCGAGGGAGAUGGCCUGCGCGCUCGUGGCGCUGGUGCUCGGGCUCUGCUGCGUCGGCGGCGCACGGGCGACGGGGAGGAUCGACGAGGGGCUGGAGGUGAUGUGGGGCGACGGCCGGGGGAGCGUCUCGCCGGACGGGCAGGUGAUGGCGCUGUCGCUCGACCACACCUCCGGCUCCGGGUGGAGGUCCAAGAACACGUACCUGUUCGCGCGCGUCGACCUGCAGAUCAAGCUCGUCGCCAACAACUCCGCCGGCACGGUCACCACCUGCUACUUCAUGUCGGAAGGGGAGUGGGAUAUCCACGAUGAGGUGGACCUGGAGUUCCUCGGCAACGUCACCGGGCAGCCGUACACGCUGCACACCAACGUCUUCGCCAAUGGCACCGGCGGCAAAGAGCAGCAGUUCCACCUCUGGUUCGACCCCACCACCGACUUCCACACCUACUCCAUCGUCUGGACCUCGCAGCACAUCCUUGUGCUGGUGGACGGGACGCCGAUCCGGGAGAUGAAGAACCACGCGGACAAGGGGAUCGCCUACCCGUCGUCGCAGCGGAUGCGGCUGUACGGGAGCCUGUGGAACGCCGACGACUGGGCCACGCAGGGCGGGCGCGUCAAGACGGACUGGUCGCAGGCGCCGUUCGUCGCGCGGUACCGCAACUUCACCGCCACGGAAGCCGCGUCGUCGUCGUCGCCGGCAGGGUACGACCAGCAGAUGGACGCCACGGCGCAGCAGGCGAUGAAGUGGGCGCGCGACAACUACAUGGUGUACGACUACUGCGCCGACAGCAAGCGGUUCCCGCAGGGCUUCCCGCCCGAGUGCUCCAUGCCGUAGAGUGGAGUGGAGACGCGCCAAAGCCUCGGUGCACUUUGAUGAACGCGGACUCGAUCGAACUCACGCAGGGCACGCAUUGACCUCGUUUUUUUAUUUUUACUUCUCUUGAUUGAAUUGAUUCAUUCUUUCUAUGUAAAGUAGAUAUAUAUAUAUAUAUAUAUAUAUAUAUAUAUAUAUAUGUAUAUGUAUGCACGAAAGAUUUAAAGAAUGGAGUGUGAAAGAAAAAAUAUGUUUGCAUUGCAA